AUGGCAGCUCCUUCAAAGAAAAAACAACAGAAUCGAAAACAAAACGACGGUCCAAAAUUCAACAAAGCAUCACAGAAGCAAUUCAAAGCCAAGCAGACGAAGAAUAAGAAGAGUUAUUCAAACGAUGCCGUCGAGAAGGAUGCCUCUAUUGCAUUGCAACUUGAGGAUGACGUCCCUGACUUCCCUCGAGGUGGAAAGAGUUCAUUGAGUCAGAGAGAAAGGGACGAAAUUAGAGCAGAAGCUGAGGAAGAAUUCCAUGCGGAGGAGAGGCAAUUGAAUAGGAAGAAUAAGGGGAAAAAGUUUCAAAAAAGAGAUCACAUUCAAGAACAUUUCUCCUGGAAUGAAGCUUUGGGGGUUGUUGCUGAAGUAAAUGAGAAGGACCUCGUAAUCAGUCUUCCUGGUGGAUUGCGUGGAUUAGUACGUUCCACGGAUGCAAUCGAUCCUGUUUUGAAUGAUCAAAUUGAGGACGGUGAAGGUAGCCUUCCAAGUGUAUUCCACGUUGGGCAGCUGGUUUCGUGUAUUGUGUUGCAGUUGGAUGAUGAUAAGAAAGAUAACAAAAAAAGGAAGAUUUGGCUUUCUUUGCGCCUUUCAUUGUUGCACAAAGGCUUCUCGCUAGAUGCUGUUCAAGAAGGGAUGGUUCUCACUGCAUAUGUCAAAAGCAUUGAAGAUCAUGGCUUCAUUCUGCAUUUUGGAUUGUCAUCUUUUAUGGGGUUUUUGCCAAAGAGCAGCCAAGCUGCGAGCAGGGAUUCUGAAGUGAAAACUGGGCAAUUUGUACAGGGAGUCAUUAGAAGGAUUGAUAAACCUCGGAAAGUUGUUUAUCUGAGCUCUGAUCCAGAUACAGUUUCUAAAUGUGUGACUAAGGAUCUUAAGGGCAUUUCAAUUGAUAUGCUCAUUCCAGGCAUGAUGAUUGAUGCCCGUGUACAGUCAACCCUUGAAAAUGGGAUAAUGUUAUCAUUCCUUACAUACUUCACUGGAACUGUCGACAUGUUCCAUUUACAAAAUACUUUUCCUACUUCAAAUUGGAAGGAUAAUUAUGCCAAGAAUAAAAAGGUCAAUGCUCGUAUAUUAUUUAUCGAUCCCUCAACUAGAGCUGUUGGUUUGACUCUCAAUCAACAUCUUGUUCACAACAAUUCCCCUCCAUCUUGUGUUAAAGUUGGAGAUAUUUAUGACAAUGCAAAAGUAGUCAGGGUAGAUAGAGGCAUGGGCCUUCUGCUUGAAAUCCCUUCUUCUCCACUGCCAACACCAGCAUUUGUUAGUGUUUCUGAUGUGGCUGAAGAUGAGGUACGGAAGCUUGAGAAGAAGUUUAAGGAAGGAAGUAGUGUUCGUGUUCGAAUCCUUGGGUGUAGGCAUUUGGAAGGGCUUGCCACAGGGAUUUUGAAGGCUAGUGCUUUUGAAGGAUCUGUAUUCACCCACUCAGAUGUCAAGCCGGGAAUGGUAACAAGGGCUAAAAUCAUAGCUGUUGACAGCUUUGGGGCUAUUGUGCAAUUUGCUGGUGGAGUGAAGGCACUUUGUCCACUUCGACACAUGUCUGAAUUUGAAAUUGUGAAACCUAGAAAAAAAUUCAAGGUUGGAGCUGAACUUUUGUUCCGUGUGCUGGGUUGCAAGUCCAAGAGAAUAACUGUGACACACAAGAAAUCUCUUGUCAAAUCUAAACUUCCAAUUCUUAGUUCAUAUGCUGAUGCAACUGAUGGAUUGAUAACACAUGGUUGGAUAACGAAGAUUGAAAAGCAUGGAUGCUUUGUCCAUUUUUACAAUGGAGUUCAGGGAUUUGUCCCCAGGCUAGUCUUGAAAAAUCUAGAUUGCAUUUUUUAUAAUCUUCUUGAUCUUGCGGAUAUGAGUACAGCAUCUUCUUUUGACCAAUACUCUGCUUCAGGUGAUGUGUCAAUGUUUGUUAAUGAUGGUUCUAUUGAACUUGAGGAUCAUGGGGAGUCUGAGCUUGGAUUAGAGCCAGGAAGCGAUGCAAAUUCAAUGUAUCAAGUUGGACAGGUUGUGAAAUGCAGAGUAAUAAGUUCUAUUGCUGCUUCACACCGGAUCAAUCUUAGUCUCAUAAUGAAGCCUCUAAGGCUUUCUGAAGAAGAUGGCAUCAAGCUGGGUAGCGUGGUUACUGGAGUUGUUGAGAAAGUUACCCCCUCUUCGGUAAUAGUAUCUGUUAAUGCAAAAGGCUACUUGAAGGGGACAAUUACUACUGAACAUUUGUCAGAUCAUCAUGAACAUGCUGCUUUGAUGAAGUCAGUCUUGAAGCUUGGAUAUGAGUUUGAUCAACUACUUGUCCUAGAUAUCGAGAGCAACAGUUUGGCUCUCUCUGCAAAAUAUUCUCUUAUUAACUCUGCUUCCGAGCUUCCUUCGGAUGUAAGCCAGGUUCGUCCUCAGUCAAUAGUCCAUGGGUACAUCUGUAACUUGAUUGACACUGGCUGCUUUGUUCGCUUUCUUGGGAGUUUGACUGGUUUCUCUCCUAGAAGCAAGGCAAUGGAUGACCAAAGAGCUCAGCUUUCAGAAGCCUUUUACAUUGGACAAUCUGUUCGUAGUAGUAUACUCGAUGUUGGUGAACUAUCUGUGACUGAAAUUUCUCAGAUUGUUAAUAAUGAAACAAGCAGAAUAACAGUGUCUUUGAAGCAGUCGUGCUGCUCCUCUACAGAUGCCUCCUUUCUUCAAGAAUAUUUUCUCUCAGAGGAGAAGAUUGCUGAUUUACAAUCUUUAGACUCUAAAGGUCAUGACUUAAAGUGGGUUGAAGGUUUUAACAUUGGUAGCACCGUUGAGGGAAAAAUUCAGGAGUUGAAGGAAUUCGUAGGUGGAUCAACAGUGGAAACUGGUGCAAUUGUUCGAGCUGCGGUUCUUGAUGUUGCCAAGACAGAACGCCUUGUUGAUUUAUCUCUAAAGCUUGAGUUUUUGGAUAAAUCAAGAGACAAGAGUUCUAACAGCCUUACUCAUAAGAAGGUUCUGUCAAUUCCAGAGCAUAACUAUGCCAUAGGUUAUGCAUCAGUAUCGGACUAUAACAUACAGAAGUUUUCUCAGAUACAAUUUCUGAAUGGACAAAGCGUCAGUGCUACUGUUAUGGCUCUUCCAACCUCUUCAACUGCAGGGAGGUUGCUUUUGCUUCUGAAAUCUAUUAGUGAGGUGACUGAGACUUCCAGUUCAAAAAAAGCCAAAAGGAAGUCUAGCUGUAAUGUUGGAUCGCUGGUUCAGGCAGAGAUUACGGAAAUCAAGCCUCUUGAAAUGAGAUUGAAAUUUGGUAUUGGUUUCCGUGGAAGGAUUCAUAUAACGGAGGUCAAUGAUACCUCUCUUUCGGAGAAUCCGUUUAGUAACUUCAGAGUUGGCCAAACAGUGACUGCAAGGAUUAUUGCUAAGGCUGGUCGAUCAGAUAAUAAAAAAAGUCUGCUGUGGGAUUUGUCUAUCAAACCAAAAAUGCUUGAAGGUAGAAUAAUAUCUUGA